AAGAAGUAAGAAAGAACAAAGAAAGAAGCACGAUGGAUGAUAAAGACUCAAACUCAAUAACUAUUGAGCAGAUUUUGGAUCUUCUCUACGCUGCCGGCUACGUCGACGCCGUAAAUUCCGAUGCGUCGCCGUCUCAGAAGAUCGCCGGUGGCCUCUCUUGGUGCAUCGCCGCCGUAAUAAACGACGACAAUACACGAUGCAUCGAGGAAUCAUUAAGAUUAGUUGGAUGUCCGUUUUCUCUUCGAUCUUCUCAUGUUCAAGAUCUUGACGCGGAGGUUCUUUUUCCUGUAAUUCAAUGGCUUACGUCACACCUUCCAUCAAAUCAAGAACACCGCGUCGACGAGGUUUGUCAUGUUGAAAAUACUAUUGAAGUGGAUGGGUGUGAAACUUCGAUUAAGACAUUGAGUGGCAACUUGGAUGAACUGAAUCUCCGGAAGAUGAAUGUUGUGAAGCAAUUAGAUAAUCUACGAGAGAGAAUCAAUAAGGAGGGUGCUAAUUCUGCUGUACAGAAAUUGGUCUCUUUAAUGACGUCUCUGAAGGAUCUUGAAAAGCAGGAAAUUUGUUUUCAGUCCAAUCGUGAUUCUAAGCACUUGGAACUUCAAGCUGAGAUUGGUGAAUUGGAGAGGAAAAUAGCAAAUGAUUGUGAGAAUGAGAACCUCUCUGAUGAGCUACAUCAUUCUUUUAGUGAAUUAAUUGAAAAAGUCAAUUUGAUGAAAAAGCAACUUGCUGCUAGACUGAGGGAUAUUAUGGCAGUAAGACGAGAGAUUGACGACCUACCAUGCCAAUCAGAAUUCAUCCAGUAUGAAUGCCGGCUCUCAGAACUGUAUGCUCAAAUUCAGGGGAAACAUCGACAAACUCGUAAAUACUAUGCUACUUACAAUGCUCUCUUGGAAAUAAAAGAAUUGAUGUUGAAGGAAACGUCUUUAUUGAAUUCGAUCAUUUCCCAGUUUCAACAGGCCUUUAGUAGCACCGAUGGUCGUAUAAAACUUGUUCAUUCCAUGGAAGGAAUUGUCAAGGGAAGUCAACAGAAGCUAGAAAGGGUUCAGCUAGGGCUUCAAGAAGAAGAGAGAAUUCGUGAUGAUCUCAAGGAUAGGUAUGCUACAGCAAAUGGUGAGCAGAGGCGAUGCUAUUCUCUGUUGAAAGCUUUUCAGGCCGAAUUUGCAAAGAAUGAGAGGUUUCGGUCCCAGAAUUCCAAGUGAAAAUUGCUGACAACUUAGAGGUUGAGUUACAAAAUAUGUGUAUCUUGUCAAAGCAGAGAGGUUGUGCUCACACCUCGUGUAUUUUAUCUUUACCAUGAUGGUGAGGAAUUGAACAGAAU